GGGUAGAAGAGUAGGGACUAUAUCUAUAGUCAGCCUUUAUAAGGACUUACCCUUAAGGAGGUCAACCUUAAAAUACACAUCUAUCUAGCGCCCCCUUCGACCAACGUUCGAAGAUGUUUUCGACGAAGAGAGCUUGGACAACUACAUUAGUGACAUGGCCAAUAGGCUGAACGAUGAGUCGGAAUUAUAUAACACCGAAGCGGCCUUUCAGUUAACGGGCAUCAACACCGCGCCACUCGCGCAGAUGCUCCCGGACAAGACAACUUUCGCACCCCCCUCGCUCGUAUCCCCUACCGAGGGGGACGCCCCCUUCUCACGUCCAUCGCCCGCUCUUGCACUUCUCUCCACCCCGAGUGAUGGACAGGGAAAAGGUGACGCGGCCAAGGAAGAAACGCACGCAAGCAUGGGCCCGCCCGCCAAGAAGCCGCGGGUCGAGUUUGUGUACCGCGUAAUCACCCGGCAGCCGGCGUAUCGGGGCGACCCCUGGGUGCCGACAGGGAACUUCCGUGACAAGACCAUGUCAGCUUAUUUGUCUGGUAGUGCUUAAUCUGUGCGAACAUAUGAGCCUGUGAUUCAUGAUGAUGAAGAGCGACUUCCGUUGAUAGUCAGACGUGAAUCUGUACUGCACUCGGUGGCCGAGGUUGUGGUAAGUCAGAUGCCCGGGGAGCAUGGCGCCGGCGCGGCGAAUGGCAGCAGAAUAGUCAUGAGGGCUGAAAACCUCCCCCAUUUGUGAGUGAGUGAGCUGGCGCUGCAACUGCAAAUCC